AUGAGCAGUGAUGAUAUUAAAAAAUUACACCCGCUCAACACUGUCAAUACAACAACAAAUAUAACAGAAAAAAAAGGAAACUUACUAUUUGAAUUGUUAGGUGGUAAUAGUACAAAUAAUAAUAAUAAUAAUAAUAAUAAUAAUAAUAAUAAUAAUAAUAAUAAUAAUAAUAAUAAUAAUAAUAAUAAUAGUAAAAUAAUAAAAAGUCCAAAUAGUAUAUCAAAUUAUUUUAUAGAUAAUAAUACUUUAAUUAAAGACAAUAGUAAAAUUAAUAAUAAUAAUACAGAAAAUAAAAAAAAUAACAAUUUGAAAAAUAAUGCAGUCAAAAAAAGUUCAAUUAAAAUUUAUAAAUUUGGUAAAGAUUUAGUAUUUUGGCUAGAUGGUAAAUUUGUUGAUGCAUUCGAACAAGCAGAUUAUAGAAGAGAGUUGGAGAAACGUGGUAAACAAGUAUUACAAAGGACUGGUCUAAAUAUAAAUUCAAAUUGCUUAAAACUAUUGUUAAUUGAAGAAUUAAAAGAACAACUAGGUUUACCUGUAAAUUCAGACUAUAAUGAAGAGGAUGAAAUUAAUAGCUAUGUUUCAAUAUGUGACUUCAAUAAGGUAUCAUCUCCUAGUUCAUCUCUUUCAAGUCAUUCACAACAAGAGCAAGAUAAACCCAUUUUUUUAUCAAUUAGAGCAAUUUAUACAUUUGUGGCCACCCAUAAACUAGUUUCAGAUUAUUUAUCACCAGAAAGAAUUAAAAUGGACGUUAAACAAGGUUUUACUUCAUGUUUAUUUUAUAAUACAGCUUUCUUUAGUUCUGGUAAAGAGCAACUAGGUACAACAGGUUUUUGGGCUUUAAAGAAUCCAACAAAUGAUCCAUGGUCAAAAGAUUAUAUAGAAAAAGAAAAUGAGUUUGAAAUCAAACAUAACGAAUAUAUUUCCGAAGAGGAGGAUGAUGAUGAUGAUGAUGAAAAAGAAGAUCAAAAAGGACAUAUCAAAAAUAAAAUCACCGAUGGUGAAUAUAACGAAAUGAACGAUUCCAAUGAAUAUAGUGAACAGGAAAAAGAUAAUGAUUGUGACGACAAUCAAAAUAGAAGAGAUCUAUUGAAUAUAGAGAAGAAUGAAGAACCUCGCAAACCAAAGCAUCUAUCAUCAAAAAAAGUAACUAAAAAACAAAUUCAGUCAUUCCAAGAUAAAAACACAGAUGAAGAUUAUGAAAGUAAACUAAAUGAAGCAUUUCCAAUUUGUGGUGCAGUAGGUCUAAAGGGUGUUUGUCAAAGAAGAGGCAAAUGCCCACAUCCAGGCCACAGACAAAGAUUAAAGCAACAGCCAUCACCAUCAAAAGAAGAACUAGAAAAUGAACAAAACCAGUCAAAACAUUCAAAAUCAAUAACACCAAAUAAAAGACAAGUUGAAAAUCAAAAUAAUAAUAGUAUCAACAAUAACAACAAUAAGCGUAUAAGAGUAUCACCAUCUUCAUCAUCAACAGCACUAACACAACAUGGACAACCAAAUAAACCCAGACUUAUAAAGAACCCCAUAAACUUUGAAAAGAAAAUUUUUGAAAAAUAUAAUUUUUCAAAUGUAAUCAAACUAUUUAAACUUCAAAAUACUAUCGAAGAUGAUCAAUUUGCAGAAGAAAUAUGUAAAGAAUAUAUUAGAUUUAUGAUUUUAAAAACAAUUAAUGUUGACACAUGCACUUGGGAUACUGAAUAUACAACAAAACUAUCUCCACCAACUUUGAUCGAAAAAUUUUGGUAUUCACAUUUGGCUCAUAUAGAAGAAUAUAAAAAGUAUUGUGGUAUGUUUGUUGGUGCAUUCAUUGCAUGUGACCCAGAGAUUAAUUUAGAGCCUUUAGAUUUUCAAAUUUUAAGAUUUAAAACAACAUUAAGUUUAUAUGUUUUAUAUUUUCAAAAUGUAAAUACAAAGAUUUGGGAUUAUAGUAAUAAAAUUUCAUCUCUACAAAAUAAAGAAAAUGGUACUUUUAUUAAUAAAGUUGAGGGAGAGUUAAUUUUCAUUGAUAAUGAAAUGGUCGAUACAAUGAGUGUCGAUGAAGUAAAGCAUCAAAUAAAGAAUUUUCAAAAAAAUUUUCAAUUCAUAUCAACAUAUUCAAAAGAUACACUAAUUACAAUUUUAAAGAAUCUUAUCACAAAAGAUAUCGGUAACAAUACACCCGCCACCACAUUAUCUGAAUCUAGUAAUAAAUGUUCACCAUCACCCGACAAAGAAUAUGUAUAA